AUGACCUUCGCCUACCCGCGCAGCAACGGCGCAUCCUCACUCCCUUCAUAUAAUCAACAGCGCUCCCAAUCCUCAAAUAUUCUCAGUCGUGUUGGGGACUCCAUCCCAGUGGCGAUUAAACAAUGGCUUUCCGUGGGAGGUAUCCGUAUUCGUCGGGGAUACAAGAGGACUAGAGAUGCGGGCAUCAAAGCCACGACUCUGAGAUUGAUUAAAAGCAUUUUCACUAUUUCAAAUGCUAUCAUCUUGUUGUGGAUGUUUUCAAUUCGGUGGGGUGAACGCACUGUAUUCGAGGAGCACAUCAACCAGUGUCUUUGGGACAGCUGGGAAGAAUGGCCCCAAGACGCAACUCCGCAUCACAUCGCAUUCAUCGCAGACCCUCAGCUCGUUGAUCCCCAUACCUACCCGGGUCGACCUUGGCCUGUGUCGACUUUAACGGUCAAAUAUACCGACCAAUAUAUGCGUCGAUCAUUCUCCUUGAUCCAGGACCACCUUGAGCCGGACUCAGUGCUGUUUCUUGGUGACCUUUUCGAUGGCGGCAGAGAGUGGGCUACUGCUACGAGUAAUAGCCCCGAGGAUCGGUGGAAGGGAUAUAAAGAUUCAUUCUGGAAGAAGGAAUAUCGUCGAUUUGUCAAGAUAUUCUUGGACCCAUGGGCUAAAAUCAGGACAUCGCCCAUGGAUGGACGAGGCAGGAGGCUGAUUGCAAGUCUACCUGGUAACCACGACCUAGGCUUCGGAAAUGGAGUUCAGGAACCUGUUCGUGACCGUUUUGAGAGCUACUUUGGGAACACCAACCGAGUUGAUGUGAUCGGGAACCAUACCUUUGUCUCAGUGGACUCUGUCUCGCUGAGCGCGAUGGACCAGCCCGAUCCACUGACAGGUAGUUCGCCGACAGCAAACGAUGAGAACCGUACGGUCCGUCCGAUUUGGAAAGAAGCAGAUGACUUCUUGGAUAAAAUGGCUAUUCACAAAGCCAAGGCUGAGACCGACGAGUUGCGAAUGCUUCGAAACCAAACUGACGGACAUAUGUUUGAUUACCGUGUCGUCGAUGCCACCGAGCCGACGAUACAUCGCAAACAGGAACUAGAGAGCGCCGGUUUUCCCACUAUCAUUCUCACCCACGUUCCUCUGUAUCGCAAACCAGGGACUCCUUGCGGUCCUUUGCGGGAGCGCUACCCACCCUCCUCCUCGGACGAGGAGCUACAAGAGGAUGAGCCCAACGCUCUCAGCAUUUCAGGUGGUUAUCAAUACCAGAAUGUCUUGACGCCAACAAUCUCGACUGAAGUGGUCUCUAAAGCUGGGCCCAACGUUGUGCAAGUCUACUCAGGCGACGACCAUGACUACUGUGAAGUUUCCCACCGGGAGUUCAAUGGCUCGCCGAAUGAGAUCACAGUUAAAAGCAUCUCCUGGGCGAUGGGAGUCCGCCGCCCAGGCUUUCUUCUGACUAGUCUCUGGCACCCAAUCGAUCCCAAGACGGGCAAAGCACUUCAAGAUGGAUCACCUACCAUUCAAAACCACCUCUGCCUUCUCCCAGACCAGCUGGGAAUUUUCAUUUAUUACCUCACUAUUCUUGGCUUGAGUAUCUCCAUCCUCAUCGUGCGCUCCAUCUACCGCGCUCUGUACCUUCCAGAGACACCUUCAGACGACUUCAUCCUCCCCCUUGCAGAGUACCGAUCUCUCCCACACCAAUACCACACAUCCGGUGCAUCCAGCUCCACCAUGGCACCAGGAGGCCUAGCCAGCCGUGGUGGGAUAACAGCAUCCGCCCGCUACCCCGGCACAACAUCCCCACCAGACGCCUAUCGGGCAGAUGAUGAUGACAUGGACCUAUACCCAAAGCAAAAGACAACGUGGCGUGCUGCACCAGCGAAACCCCGCUCUCGAAUCUUCCUCAUCUGCGGGGAAAUAAGUUCAUCAACCCUGUAUGUGGCGCAAGUGGUGCUGACAGUUUAUCUCAUCCUAAUCUGGCGCUGGUAG